GACGCUUCUCGGCUACGUCUGCUUGGGUUCGAUGGCCCAUCCUAUCACCAUGCCACUCCUGCUUUUGACCUAUUUCAGUGCCCGUUUCGCAUAUAUAUCCCCUUCCCUCCCCCGCCACCGAGCUUCCACUUCUCCCUCUGCUCUUGCCUUUAUUGCUCCGCCAUUUCACAUGGUCCUUUUGUUCCUCCUGCGUUAUGUCACCCUUCAGUAAUACGCAACACUGGACCUCUUCGUCUUCAACGCUAUCUACCUCUUCUGCAUCCUCCAACGACAGCAUGGAGUCUCUCAAUGACAGGCGCACAAAGUCUCUGACCCCACAGCGAAAGCACCACAAACUCCUCAAGGACGGCAGCGAAGUCUGGUCUCAAGAGGUUGAGCUAAUAUUCGUAGACGGCCUACAUAAAUACUGGGAGUCUCCAUGGGCAACGUACUCUCGUGGCCGCAGUAGGUGGAGGAACCAGUUCUUGGUCGACCAUCUCAGGAAGAACGGAAUCGAACGGUCCAAGAAGCAGGUCGCCAGUCACAUCCAGGUCUUACGCAAUAUGUGGAGGGGCGAGCCAGAGUUUGCUCUCGUGGCCGGAGGAGAGGAGCUCUUCCAGGAAGGUGGCUUGCUCGCGUCUCCGAACAGCACUACCAGCAAAAGCUCGCCGGAGCCGUCAACAUCCGGCAACCUUGACGCGUCUGACUGGCGUUCUUCGUGGUCUUCAUCGGCUUCGUCCACGCCGGACUUUCCCUCAUUCGACUUCCCUGUCGACCUCGGCGCAUCUGCUCCUCCACACGGUCUAGAUGCCUCUUUGCUGGCCGCAAAUUCACCCAUCUUCGAUAGUUAUUCCCCUCGAAUCGCGUCAACCAAUGUUGCGUCCCCACCAGUCCAGGCAGGUCCUACUGCGUCCCGGCCACGCUCAUCCUCUGUGAAGCUCGAGCCACUGUCCACAGAUCCCGUCCUCUUCGGUCUUCCGCAACGUCCUGUAUCAGAUGGGGCCGAGUUUUCCGUGUCACAGCAGCCCGUACAGCCUCCGAACCGCCUGCGCGGCAUUAAUUUGUGGACGGAUGGCAUCUCUCUCUCCUCAACUGACGUCGACCGCCUGAUGACCGCGUCUGGCGUGGCACCCGCGGCAAACGAGUCACCGAUAUCGUUUCGCGCCAUGCUGCGCCUGACUGUCAAAUUUCCUGCCGGCGGCUCGCAAGGUGCACCGCAUUUCCAAGGAAUCAAGGGUGCCGUGUCGUUCGCUUCCCGAUGGAGCACAGUUGCGAGAUGCUAUACGAAGACGUGGGCAGGAACCGCUUGUGUAUCGCGGGAAUGGGGCACAUUCGUGCUUCCUCCGCAUGAAGUUUCGUCUGCCUCGGGUAGUAGCGGUGCCACGUCGCCCAUGGUAAUCGCUAACUUGCCUGACUCGUCGCUGAGUCGGUGUGGGUGGUUGGACCCAAUCAGCGCCAUAACUCAGCAGAUCAUCGUCGACCGGGAGGUCCUUGCCGUGAUGAUGUACAACCUCGAUCGUUCGUCGGUUACUAGCAUCACUCCCGCAGUCGAGCUGGUAGGGUUUCAGAAGUAUCCGUGGCGAAUGGCACACGCCUCGUCACCCACGCUGUCACCGCCGAUCUCCCCGUCGCAUUAUCCCACAUACAGCCAAUCUAUCGCAUUGCAGGCGACGGAUAUGAUGCAUGCUGCAGGCAGUGGCGAUGGUGUCUCGCUCUCAUCCGGAAUGGCUUUCGGCUCUACGCAGCCAGCGCGCGCUUCCAAUACGGCGUCAAGGAAUCCGCCGAGGCACUUUUGACCGUUCCUCGUAGACGUAACCGUAUCACAUUCGCGUAGCUAUUCGCGACACACACGGAGACGUACUACCACAUCCCUCGGACCCACUAACUCUUCUGGGAAAUUCGACGGACCACAUCAGCCUUAUGUUAUCUUGUUGCCCGUUCUUCGCCAAAACUGUAUCCUUGACGGU